GGAGGGAUUCUGGAUGUUGCUCAGCCGUGAGGAGCUCCUAGCGCCCAAAUCUGUUCUGGAAGUGGUGGCUGUGGUUUGUUUUCUGCAUAUUUCUAUGUGUGGAAUUUUAGCGGUUGGAAAUCCUUUUUGCAAUUGAACAAUCCACAAAGGUUGUGCUGGCUGUGUCCUUCAAGGCUCUGUCCUCCUUGACUUGCUGAGUCGCCUGCCAAAAGGCCUCCACAAAUGUGGCAGUGACAGCUUCUGCAAAACAUUUCUUUUUUUCUUCUAAUAAACCGAAAACAAACCCAGGAGCCAGAAAACAAACCCACAGGAGCACUGGCCUGAGCUGGGAUGGGGCUCAGACUUUGAAGCAAGUGCAUGUUCCCCCAAUUUUGCUAUCCCAGUUUCCAGUGCAGCUUGCCUGCACUGAGGACCCUGGAUUUCUGAGGUAGGAGUGACACAGCUCUUAGCUCUGUCAGUCCCAAACUGUUCUGGCUCGUAACUCCUUCUUUAUCCUUUUCCUCCACCAAAGAUGGCCACGUUGAAGCCUCAGACACCCUCGGCUAGGGAGCAGGCUGGCCAAGGAAGACAGCGAGGGUUUGCAGUCUGACCUGCACAGCUGGUGGGGCGAUGAAGCUGAAUGAGCGGAGCGUGGCCCACUACGCCACCUGCGACUCGCCUGCCGACCACACCGGCUUUCUGCGCAAGCGGGUGGAGCGGCACCACCACCAUGGCACCUCCUACCAGCGCCGCUGGUUCGUCCUCAAGGGCAACCUCCUCUUCUACUUCGAGGAGAGGGAGAGCCGGGAGCCCGUGGGGCUGGUGGUCCUGGAGGGCUGCACCGUGGAGCUGUGCGAGGCCGCUGAGGAGUUCGCCUUUGCCAUCCGCUUUGACGAUGCUGGUGCCAGGGCUUACGUGCUGGUUGCUGACGGGCAGGCUGCCAUGGAGGCCUGGGUGAAGGCACUGUCACGGGCCAGCUUCGACUACAUGCGGCUGGUGGUAAGAGAGCUGGAGAAGCAGCUGGAGGAGGCCUGCAAGAGCUUGGCUGCUUGCCAUAAGUCUCCACGGAGGUCCUCGUGCUCUGGCAGGAAGAGGCAUCUCUCCAACCCUGCCUUGCAGCCUCUCCAGGAGAAGCCCACCGCCCUGGAGAAUGGCUACUCCACAUGGAGUAGUGGUAGUUGUGUCGCCAGUGGAGCCACCUGCACUGACCAUGAUGGGGGGCAAACGAAGCCCCCGCCCCUGCCUCCACGCCGGCGCUCGGCUGCCAGCAGUGCCACAGGAUCCCCAGCACCUGGCGUCUCACCAGCCAUGCUGGAGAGCCCAGUGCCGCCAGAAACCAUCUGCUUCUCCAAGCUGCACAACUGGUACGGGCAGGAGAUCGCAGUGCUGAGACGGGAGUGGCAGGAGAGGCAGAAGAGGGGACACCCGUGACUGGGGGCACAGGACCACAGGACACAAGUCACUGGCCAGCUGAUGCCCGGCAGCCUGUCCUGCGUGCAGGAAGAGUGAAAUGAGGGACGCUGCUUGCCCCCGUCCUCAUGACUGGCUGAGUGUGUGAUGUGUGUAUGCUUCGCAUAGGAGGGACUCAAGUCUCCUCUAAACCUCACAUUUAAUUUCUAUGAGGCUUUAAACAGCCAGAGAGUGUAACAUCAGGGGAGCCACCUUUAUUUAAACUCUCUCUGCUGGAAAUAGGAGCUGCCCAAAUCAGCACAUAUGCAAUGAACCUCAGCCAACAGGCUUGGCCACUUGCUGUCCUGACAUGGUGGACGCUCUGGGUGUUUCAUCCCCUACCUCUUCUUCACCACUUUUUUGUUUGUUUGUUUUGUUUCUCAGUGUGGAAGUUUGCUUUUGGUCAGUGCUUAUUACUGUCUGUGGUCUUGUGCCAAAGUCCUUCUGCCUUUGUUCUUUUGCCGCAGAUAAGGCUGGGCUCUUACGAAGUGCCUCUGACAGGCCACUGGCCCCGGCGCGUGCCUCCAGCCUUGUGCCUCUCUCACUACAGGACACGUGAGCCACUGCAGCUGUUGCUGGCCAGCAGCUGAGGCUUUUGCAAUGUUUCUUUACUUUCAUCUGCACUAACCCUUCUUUCAGCUAAAUCCUUCAGGAUGUGGAUAUCAUGGUCUUGCAACUGUCUCUCUGUGUGCUCAUACUCAGCAGCAAGCCUGAAAUGGAGACAGAGCUGGAGCCAAAGCCACAGCAAGGACACCGGGAGCUCCCCAGGGCUGGUCUGGACUCUGUCAAGCAGUAACCAAGCCUGCUAAUAUCUCUGGCUCAAGGUUUCCCCGUUCCUAAACAGGGAUGCUAAAGCCUCUUUGCCUGGGCAGGAGUAAAUUUCUCAGCCUUUGCUUAGACCACAGCCCCUGCAAAGUGCCAUAUAGGGCUCAGUCAGCUCAUCGGGCUGUCCAGAGCCAACCUCCUGCAGGGCCUCUCAGCGUUGUGCGGCUUUGCCUCAGUUCCCAGCAGUGCUGUGCAGUUGGAGCAGAGGCUUUGAAGGGUGGGGAGCAAGAGAGGCCUGUUCUCAGGAGGAGAAGUGAAGGUUGGGAGUGAGUUAGGGGCGUUGGCAGUGGCUGGGCUCACCUCUCCAGUGUCAAAGCCAUAUUGCUGCCUUCUGCCAAGCCUGUACCUGGCCUGCCUGCGCUUCCCUCUGAUUUCAUGUCAGCAUUGCUUGGCUGAUCUCUGCAGCACAUCCCAUCCUCCCAGCGGGCUGGGAGGGCUGCGGGGAGGGCACGCCUGUCACCUCACUGUGGAAACAGACUUGUCCAUCAGUAGGUCAGAAACCUUGGCCACAAGGCACACGGUACAAGUAGGUGGGUGCCAAGUCCAGGGACUAGAACGCCCUUGGGACGGGGUUUAAAAAUAUCCCUUAUCUAGUUGCAUGCUUCCAUCUAAAAACAUUAAACCUGUUUUUAUUGUACUUUUUUAUUAAAGAGCUUUGCUAAGAAAGCAAAAGCCCUUUUCAGAUCGUGACUGGCUGGAACCUUUCUGGACUUAAACACGUUCAGCUUCCUACUUUGCAAUAGCCUGUAGAGAUAGCCACUGCAGAAAUCAAAUUAAUUCUGUUAACUCUUGGUGCCUUUUAAAAUAUGUCUCUGGUAGUUUUGGAUGAUGAGCUUCUAGCCUCCUGCCUAAUUAUGGCUCAAUGGUAUAUUGCAGGAAAUCAGAUCUUAAAUUAGAUCUUACAAAUGACCUUGGGCAGUGAGAAUGUAACCUUCACUUGUGAGUAACACAAUCCAGUCCUCUCCAGUUCGUGGUUGUAUUACUUCACAGCAAGGGUCUUCAAGUUUGGGAGGAUUGUUUUUGUUUGGCUUUUGUGAAAACAGUUCAGAAAAAUUGGGAGCAGGUGGCCAUGGGGCAAGGUCCUGGCUUCAUCAGCAGCUUGGUUGGUUGGACAUAGGGGCCAUUUCUGCCUCCCUAGCCUGCUGCUUGAAGAGUUCAGUACUGCAGCUUUCCUGGCUGCAAAAGUGUCCCUUUUCCCAUGCCAGAGCAGCAGCAUCAGGGGAUUGCACUACCUGGUGCCUCCUUGCUCUGAGCAUGGGUAUUUUGGGACCAAGGUCAAAUUUGUCAAGCAUUUUCCUGUGAUUAUUUUUUUAAAUGUAAUACAGAGACAAUAUUUCUGAUGUCUCAGAUUAACAUCUGAGACAUCAGAAUAAGGCAGAUUGACAGUAAAGACUCAACUUCCAAAACAAAUCAAAAUGUAGUAGCAGUUCCUACAUGAGAACCAAGAAUUGGGAGUGGCUUGAAAAGGAAGAUAAAUUAACAAAGCCAGUUGUGUCACAACUGAAACUGAGACAGUAUUAUUCAUUUAAGGGCAGUUUCACUUUUAAGAAGCUUACUGUGUUUUAAUAAGCCAGGAUUGUGCUCAUAACACUACUAAAGAGCUUACAUUUAAUGCUUUAAUCUGUCCCAUUAAACAGCACAAUUUCCACGCUACCUACCUUUGCGUUAGCCCAUAUCCCAGCUAAAUCCCAAAUCCUGCACAUGAGGCACUGCGCUCCACUUUCCAUCUGAUUGCCUUUGGAGUAAUUUUGUGGUUUAUUCUGCAGUGCUGACAAGAAAAUGGCUGAAUCCUGAUCCACAUUAUGCUCAGCCCAGCCAUCCAUGCCUGGGCCUUUGCUAGGUGUCCAGAGCACUGCGUGACUUUGGAUGUGCUCGAUCAGGUUUUCCUCACCAUCCCUCUGUUGUAGCAGCCACGUUGCAGCCUUGCCCAAUUUUGUGCGGGGCUACAGGUUUUUAAUGACCACUGCCGCUUGGUUCAUUAGGCAGGAAGCCCCUGGGUGCUGCACUGCCUCCUCAGAGACGGAGGCUGCCCAGCCAGCCCAGCUGAGCUGGUUGUGCUGGCAGUGCCUUGAAGCAGCCCCGGGCAGGAGGUCGGGAUUUCAGCUUCCUGAGGUUGAACAUUCAGCUGGCUCAUGGAGCAGCCUGUCUGUCUUGCUGCAGGCAGAGAUUAUUACAGCAAAGGCAGAGAGUUUUCACUGCACAUUGUCCCUGGCAGCAGUAAAAGGCUGAUUGCCACCCAGGGUUUUUCUCCAGUCGUUCAGGUUUGGACUGUUACCUCCUGCCUCCACUUUCCCCUUUUGUUUUUAAAAAUAGAGAAUGUCUAUAUCUAAACAGGUUCCUAGGCAAAGGGGGAGCUGAACACUGGAGCUGAAUGGGUACUUGUCUUAAAAUACUGAAGUAAGAUCCUCUUCUAAGAGUUUUCUUUUGUGCACAAGUGAUGAGAGGAAGCUGCUAAAAUUUAAAAGAAAUUUGAAGAGGAAGAGCAAUUCUGACAUAGCCUUUGUGAGCUGCGCCAGGAAGGGCUCCCAAUCCUGCUAAUAUAGUUGGUUAAAUCCUUUUUUUUUUUUUUUUUUUUGGUAAAACUGUGCUGUUUUCCACGGAGUCCAGGUGAAGAGUAACCUGAAGGUUUUACCCGUGGCCACUCUUAGCCACGUGGGGACAAUCACGGCCAAGACCAGAUGUUCUGUGUUACAGGAGCUACUGCACAAAUCGUGCCUGGGGCAGCCGCCCCUCCGUGUUACCUCUCUGGGCUGCCUGUGCUGCAAAGAAACCCCCAGGGCAAUGCACGGGGGCAUCUUUCACCAGCAGCACCAGCCUGGUGUUCUCCCCGCACAAUCAAAACACUCCGGGCGACUCCUGCCUUUCCAAGCGCUUCUGUUUUACGUAGGGCGUGUUCCCUUUUUUAGAGAUGGUUUUGCAUGCGCCUCUGUUUUACACGCGGAACUUGUAUUAUACAUUGCAUUACAUUGUUCCGUUUGUUUUACCCGCGGAAUUUGUAUUAUACAUUGCAUUACGUUCUUUAGAGUUUGUUUUACACGCGGAACUUGUAUUACGCAUCUCGUUACAUUCUUUAGAGUUUGUAUUUUAUGCCUCGAAGCCGAAUAAACCGGUUUGAUUUGUA